GUCCAGCCAGAAAGGCAAGCUUCACAUCCGUCCUCCUCCCAUUUCGUCAUCAGGCGUCCGGCUAGUAGGUAGUGUUGUGUUAGCUCCAAUGACUUUUUCAAAUACUAGCAGUAAAGAUGGAUAGUACCGCGAAUAUUUUGCAAUUCUGUAGACUGUGUUUAGUAAAAGACGGUGUUAAUAUUCCAAUUUUCGAUGAACAAGGUGAUAUUAGGCAAAUAUAUCUCAAAAUCAGUUCGUGUCUGCCGGUGAAGGUAGCGCGAGAGGAUCACCUUCCUAAGAAAAUCUGCGAUGGCUGUUCAAACAAACUCGAUAACUUUUACGAUUUCUGGCGGACGAGCGCCGAGUCAGAGAAACAGUUGCUGGCAUGGCUCGGUGCUACAGGAAAAGAUGCCGCACAGGUGAACGUCAAAGAAGAAAACUUUGAUGAACCUCUAGCUAGUGAUAUUUCUAAGAAUGAUGAUGAAGAUAAUAAAAGCUACAUGUUUGAACAGAAGGUUGAAGAGGGACCUCCUGUUCAGGUCAAUGAUGAGCCUCCUCCAUCAAAACGACCGAGGAGGACAGCGGCAGUCAAAGCAGCCAUCGCCAUGGACCAAAAUUCCGACGACGAUGGAGACUCUGGCGAGCCGAUCACGAAGAUGGAAGAUGAUAGCGAUGAGACUGAUGGUGAAGACAGGGAACCCACAUUUGUGGAUGUACCAUCCACAAGUGCGGAUGAUCAACCAGGCCCCUCUGGUGUGAGCAAAGAUGGAUCUGAUGCACCGUGAGUAGUUUUUUGUUUUAUUUCACCUACCCUUCCUAUUUACCUGAAUGUACUCGCGUUAACUGGGUUUUUUGGUCACAUUCAAUUUCUCUUAUGGUUUUAGUUUCAUUUAAGUUGCGCGAAAAUACGUUUUUUGUUUAGGGAAUAUAGCAUUUUUGUGUUCACCGUUCUGCGUUUUAACAAAAUUUUUCUAUUAGAUACAUGUCAUAUUUUCCAGUUUGCAUUUAGGGAAUCUAGUUUAAAACUAAAAUCGCUUAUCUUGACAGUUUUGUUAGCGUUUUUGCGUCGAAAUAUUGCAGGAUUUAUUUUACCAAUUAACCCAGUCUGUUUCAUAAUUCAGCAUAUUUGCUUUUGAUUCAUAUAUUUGUCUAUCAUGAUGAGUCCCUCAUUUUAAAAUUCUCAAAAUUGCAAGUACUUUUGCACCUGAUGCAUAUAUUCUUUUGUUGCCUAUUCUACUUUUAUAGGUGAGAAUAGAAAUGUGCUAUAAUUAAAAUGGUGCUGGGAGUAUUUAACUGGUGGAUUUUGUUUGAAUUUUAUAAUGAACAAGGGAUUGAAUUUCAUAGAUUUUCCGCAAUCCAUGUACAUUCAGGCUUUUGACAGCAAGUGGGGAAGUCAAAAAUUAUAACUAUCAUUUUGUCUAUACAAUGCCAAGUUCAAUGUUUACUCAUUCAAGGGUAUCAUUUUGCAUUUUUUUUUUUGGACUAGUGAUGCAAUUUGAGCUUGUCUUGAGCAAUGGUAUGCAUUGCCAUUUAUUUUGCAGGAAAAUGAUUACUUCUCGUUUUCCAGAUUGCAUUGUAAAGGCUUUGUAAGAAUUUAUUUAUCAUUGUAAGAGAAAGCUUUAUGGUUUCUUGAUAAUUUUUGAGAAACUGAGAAAUCAUUACUGUGCCCAAGAAGUGCAGACACUUGGAAUGUCCCCAAUGUUUAUUGAAUGUCUUAUACUUUUAAGACAGUCUUUAACAUCGGAACAUUCUAAUGAGGUAGGUACUCUUGAUUUGUAUCAUUGUCUCAAAAUCGUUGUUUCUGCCUCUUAUGAUAGUACGUUUGCUUGUUUUAUAGCAAAUGUAAUUCAGAAUCAUCACACAAGAACAAUGAUUGGCUUGUAUAAACAAACUGUAUAAUUUAUAUCCUAUCCUCUAAAUAUUGUUUUUAAUUGUAAAAGGUACCUGGGGGUAUUUUAGAUUUUUUAUUUCCUUUACUGCUGUCACUUUUUUAAAAUUCAAUAGUUGCAUUUUUGGUAGUGGAGAAGUUUGACAUACUAGCAUUUUUGUCAUUUACCAGAUAAUUUUCUGGUAAUAUUUUUGGUGCAGUGCAUAAAGAAAGAGGAAUGGAGCAUGUCAAACUAUUUCACUACACACUGUGUCACUUUACUCCUUUGGUCAUAUUUUUUGUUUUUUGUCUGAUAUUUAUUGAUAUCAGAUCUUUUUUAUAUCAUCUGUGAUUUAUUUUAUCUCGAAAACAAUUUGUUUUUGAGACAAUUUUGCUUCAAUUUUAGUGUUUGAAGCUGCUCCCUGUAGUUUGAAGUGGUAUAUUCAAACCAUUUCAUUUUGAGCUACAGGGCAUUCAAAUUUGGCAUUUAUAAUUUUAUAAAUGUCACUCGUUGGGACAUUUCCAAAGUGGAGCUACUUUUGAGAGAACAGAAUUUAUUAAAAUGCUUCAAUUGACUUGUAUGUUGCAUCUUAGCAACAUAUAGUUGAUAUGACAUCCAGUAAUUUAUAAUGUUUGAGUGCUUCUCUAGCUGUUUUCAGAAGGAUGUUUUUUUGAUGUCCUUCAUUUCACAUCCAAAUUUGUUUUUUGGUGUUCUGUAUAUUGCAACUUGACAGUGUAUAGUCACUAUAUAAGCAAUGCAUAUUUCUUAUCAAGUGAUGCGUUUAGUGAAAUCUUCAUUGUGGUAGAUAAUUUUUAUUAUCAUAUUCUUCAAACUACUCUAUGGUCCCUUCACCAUUAAUCGCCUUUUUUCAUAAACAUCAGAAAGGCCGGUUUUAUUUUCAGUGACAAUAUUUGGCAAAAUACCGACUACUUCCAUCGAUAUUCUGCCUUUUAUUGUAAUUGAUUUAAAGCCUUGCAACCUGCGAUGAUUCUUUUUAGGUCAUUUUCCACUGGUAUUUCAUCGCAUUGAAUUACUUUGUUCAAUGUCUCGAAUACCCAGUGAAAGAGACCUCAGAAAAAAGCAGGUAUCGAGUUUAUCAUCACGCGUACAUUGGCUUACAACAUUCGAGAGAAGCGUCGCGGUUACGUUUCUCAGGCCACUUUGUGUACGGAUCAAUACACUACCCCACCUACGAUUAUUCAAACCGGUUCCGUGAGUUGGCAACGUUGCAAGCGGGGCCGAUUGCCUGCGCUAUGCGGCAAGUGUUUCUAGCGUCGGGGGAUUAGCGAUGAUGCCAUGUUGUUGGAGUGGUUAUCGAUCUCUAUGGCGCGGUGUUGCCGAAUUGUGCCGUUUGCUUGAAAAUCCCGGAUUUUGUUCAGACUCGUUCAUAUUGAAUGUGUCUGAUUUUUACUGAAUGCGUGAUAUUUAUGUUAAAACAUCUGAAGUUGUUUUCAUUAUGAAUUGAUUUUAGAAUAUUUAAUGAGUAUCGUCUAUAGUUGAAUAAUAAUGUUGUGAUUGAAAUAGACUGAUGGUGCGUGCACGUUUAUAAAUGGGAAAAACUGAUUUGAACUUUUUGCCAUUUGUUUAAUUAUUGAUUACACGCGUGAACAUGUGAAUCCUAAAGAUUCUGCGAGCUAGUGAUUUUUCUAAGCAUGGAGCAGAGUCGGGGUACAAUCGAGUUCAAAGUGGAGGGGGGUGUUACGGUGGGAAUUUUGGGAUGCUUUUUCAACCUCUUAAUAAAGUAAAACAUGUCUGACUUCCGACUUUGUUUUCUUUAUAAGGAAGUUGUUAAAAAAAUCGGUAGUUUUCCGACAUUUUAAUUCACAUGAAAUGAUAUAUGAUUGAAUUUAAGGUACAAAUAUACUCAUAAAAAUUUGUAUCUUAAGAUGCUCUCAUGUAUCAUUUCUUUACUUUUGAUGCCGGAAAACACUUGAAAAAACUUUUGAUUUCUCAGUGUAUGGGAAUUCAAAGGAACUUUUGUGCUGGUAAUUGGUUGCUUUAAACUAUAAUUCUUGCCUAAGGCAGUUCUUCAUAUAAAGUUGAAUAUACUCUUUAGGUUAUUAUUAUAGUUUAUUCUGAUCAGUGCCAAUGCCCAAAAUCUUCAAAUUUUAGAUAGUUGCUUGCUGGCCAGCAUAGGGAAAAAAUAAUUUUUUUUUAAAUGUACAGGUUACAACUAAAAGGUUUUGAAAUACUCGUUACGCCAAGUUGGGGUUGCAUUGAAAUUUUUUUGGUAAAAGAAAAAAAAAACAGCUGUGAGAAGUUUGGCUCUAUGCUGCUAUUUUAUUCAUCUGCGAAAGGAUUUCACUGUUGCCUCAAUCUUGGCUGCGUAUUUUACAAACCCUUUCAGUGGUAAUCUAUGUAGGAACAAGUUUUUAUCUGAAAGAUUCACUUCUAUUCAAUUAGUUUCGAGUGAUCACUCAUUUGAUAGUCAAUUUCAAAUCUUCUUAAUUUGUACUUGUAAUAUUAUUGACGUCAAGAAAGAAGAGCUUUCCCUGGAGGUGCGGGCCCUGGCGGAUUCCUUUGCUUUGUCGAAGAUGGACCUUUGCAAAUACGAUGCCAAAUUGUUUUGAGAAAAAAUAAAUGAUACUAAUACAAA